AGCGGCAUCCAUCCUCACACGACUCCGGCGGCGCGCCGGCGCGCCGCCAUGCCGUCGCCGCUGCGGGUGCGGGUGGCGGCGCGGCUGCUGCACGCGCGGGGCAAGACCACCGCGGCGCAGCACGUGGCGGCGAGGCACCUGGACCACGCCUUCGAGCGCCUCGCGGCAGCGCACCUCCCGCUCGUCGCGGCGGCGCCGCUGGUCGACGCGCUGCGGGCCUCCACCGAGCCGCUCGCGCUGCCGGACCUCGCGCGCCGCCUCCCACUCCGCCUCCACCGCCGCGGCCCGCUCCACUUCCUCCGCCUCUUCCCGCGCGUGUUCCGCCUCCGCGCCCCGCUCCCGCUCUCCCUCUCGCUGACCCCCGCUGCCGCGGGCCUCCUCGCCGUCGCCAGCUCCCCCGCCGACGCGGCGCGGACGCUCCGCCGCCUGCUCGCGAUGUCGGCGUCCCGUGCCCUGCCCCUCCGCGCCGUCUUCCGCGUCUGGCGCGAGCUCGCCCUCCCCGACGACUUCGAGGACUCCGUCGUCGCGGGGCACCCGCACCUCUUUCACCUCGCCCCCAACCCCGCCGAGCCCAACACCCACAUUCUUCACCUCGUCGCCGAUCCGGCGGCCGAGGACUUCACCCCGGCGGUGGAGAGGACACGGCCUGACAGAUACGCGUUCAAGCUGCAGUUCCCGCCGGGGUUCAGGCUGACCAAGGAGUACCGCAAGAAGGUGAAGGAGUGGCAGCAGCUCCCGUACGCCGGGCCGUAUGAGGUCGUCAGUCCGAGGGCUGGAGGGAGCAAGAGAGUGUCGAAGCUUGCCAGGAGGAAGAUGGAGAAGAGGGCAGUGGGGAUUGCUCACGAGUUCCUGAGCCUGACAGUGGAGAAGAUGGUGGAGGUGGAGAAGUUCAGCCAGUUCAGGAAGUGGUUUGGGAUCGAGGUCAAUGUCCGGGACGUGUUCUUGGAUCACCCCGGAAUAUUCUACCUCUCGGCGAAGGGAAAGCGGCACACAGUAUUCUUGAGGGAGGCGUAUGAUCGUGGGAAGCUUGUUGAGCCUAAUGAAGUCUCUGAGGCAAGGGCCAAGAUCGUUGAGCUCAUGCUCCUGCGCCGGCGUGGACUUGGGAACGCAAAUUCAAGUGCCAACAUGGCUUCUGGUGCCACUUCUGAUGCCAAAGAGAGUGGUGAUGAUUUUGUCGAGCAUGAGGAUUGCUUGUUGGAUAUACCUGAGACAUAAGAGCAGUAAAGAUGUUCUCGACUUCAUGGAGAAUCAUGUUCAGUAGGACAUUGUCAACUGUGCUUGGCACACUUCUGAUGGGCAAUGGAUUAAUGGUGCCUACGGGACAGGUGGUUUGCGUGCUUGAGAUAACCAAAUGAGAAGGCAUAUGAAUUUACCGAGAAUGGGUAUGUCAUGGUUGAUAGGGUUAGUGCCAUGGCAGUUGCUGUGACUUUUGAUGCUUGGAUUCUUGGAACUCAAGAGUCAUGUUUCAACUGGACAUUGCUAUGGCUUUUGAUGCUUGGAACUCAAAAGUCAUGAUUCAACUGUCCGCGCUAUCCUGGUGGUAGGUCAAGGUUCAUGUGGCAAGGUUGAGACUUUGAAGGUUUGCUUUAGUUUGCUGAUCAGAAAAUUUUGUUAGGAUUCAUGAGUUUCCCCUAGCUCCUCACUUUGUUCUGGCAGAGGUAGUCUUUUGGUUAUGGCUAUUGGCUGAAGUACUACUUGACUAUGCCUGGUUGGAGGCAUUGCUUGAAUUGAAGAGCCAGGUUCUCUUCAGUAAUGUGUGCAACCUAGUCAUUACUGCAACAUUCUCAGCUUCAACAGGGUCAGCAAGAUGUGCAAAUAUGGCAAUGGAUGGCUUCAGUUUUUCUGCUGGUUGGCGUUACAGAACAAGCGCCUGAUGUUCAAGUAUCAUGAAGAGAGGAUGAUCGGACAACCCUAUACUAUCCCUGAUGCUGAUGGAGAGAGUUUUGCACCUUGUAAUAAUACAAUGCUCAUGUAUAAGGUGCUGCAGCGUUGCUGACUGUUUCUCGAUAGUUAACAAUUUUGUUGCUGCUAUUGUACCGCCCAAUAUAUGUCCUGAAGAUUGGUGGUUACAGUCUCCCUCAUGCCUUAUACGAGUACAUAGCAAGGAUAUUUUCUUCAUAUAUCUCGCUAUAGUUGUAUGUUUUCUUCCCUGUAAUUGGUUGAAUGUUUGUUUGAGAACCAAACACAGUUAUAAGUAACAAGCAUAUACUUUUGCCA